AGGAGCAGGGUUGUAACCUGGCAGUCGUCUCCUAUUCCUUGCCACACGUCUAUUCUUCUGCUGCUGUGUGUGUUCCCAUUUGCCAUGGCCUCUCUAACUCGUCUGCUUGAAUGGAUCUUUUUCCUGUACUUCUUCUCCCACAUCCCCAUCACACUACUGGUAGAUCUGCAAGCUAUCCUGCCAGCCAGACUCUACCCACAGGAGUUGCUUGAUUUGAUGAAAUGGUACGUUGUCAACUUCAAAGACCAUCUCAUGAUGAACCCACCUGCUUGGUUCAUGAGCUUUGUGUAUAGUGAAGCGAUCCUGCAACUUCCUUUCUUCCCAGUGGCUUCAUAUGCAUUUUUUAAAGGUGGCUGUAAAUGGAUCAGGAUUCCUGCCAUAGUUUAUUCAGCGCACGUAGCGACCACAGUCAUUGCAAUUAUUGCACAUGUUCUCUUCGGGGACUUUCCCAAAUCAGACCAAUUAGAGCCCCUUACCCAGAAGGACCGGCUCACUUUGGUGUCUGUAUAUGCUCCAUACCUUGUCAUCCCUUUGCUUCUCCUUGUUACCAUGCUGUUCAGCCCACGAUACCGACAAGAGGAAAAACGCAAAAGGAGAUAAAAGGCUUAAUGAUAGUUAUAAAAAUAUAGUAUAAAAUAGCAGAGCCAGAUCCCAUUUCUCUGAGAAUGGCAAGAAACGCAUAAAUCACAAAAGCCUUAGAUUCAACAUGGGAGCUAAUUUUAAUUACAUUUCAUGAAAUUGAGCUAUCAAAUACUGUGAAAAGAGGAAAUUCAUCUGAACCAUUGUGAAUAUUAAAAAUAUAUACACAUACAUACAUACACACACACACACACACACACACACACACACACACACACACACACACACACACACACUAUUAACUGUUUAUGUUGGCGUGAGACACAAAGUUAAUAAUGUAAUCCUUAUUGAUUUUGCUCUUAUUUAAUAUUCUAAGUUUAGUACAUAGUACUGGUGAUACCGAUUUAUUGGGGACACUAAAAAACAGGUUAUGAAAUAGACAGACCAUGUAUAGGUUUUGUUAAAUACAACAGCACUCAUUCAUUUUACAUUUUAAAAGAAAAAAAAAGUAAGAAAUACCAGAAAGUUUUGUGAAAAUGUAGGAAGUGAUUUCACGCAUUGCAUGAAUGGGACCCAAAAGAUAAAUGUUUUGGUUUUAAUUAGCCGUAAAAAUAAUCACCACUUAACUGACUACAUUUCCAUAGUAACCAACAAACCUGUGGUCAACAUUUUUUUUUUCCCAAAGCUACCUUAUAGUUUUAUAAAGAUUUUUACAUUUCUAGACAUAUAGUUUGGCCAUUUUUAUACCUCAUGUCACAGUUUUUCUGUUAAAUGUAUACAUCAUUUUAUCUUUUGAUUGUCUAACAGAAUAAAUAUUUUUCAGAUA